AUGAUCCCUACAGGAAAUGAAGUUGUAUCCCCAAUGACUAACAAUUCGAACCACACCACAAUACUCGACUCCGAUAGAGAUGCUGUGCUGAAGUGCCUGGAACAAGAUAGCGACGUCAGGAUAGAGCGUCAAGUCUCGACUGCAGUUAUUCGACUCGCAUCUUUCGUCUUUUCGAAUACGUUCAAGCCUUCUUUCAACAAAGGACAGCGGUUACUCAACGAAAAUUUCCCUAAAUUCGAACUUGAAGACGAUGCCUAUCCUAUAGACUUGUUGCCUAGGAUCCUUUACCAUCAAGGUAGCUGCUCGAAUUACGUUAAAGGCGCCGAGCAGUUGACAUAUCUAUCAGUUCUCUACGACAAGUACGGCUGUAAAGAGUCCUUGGGUACACGGAUACCAACUUAG